AAUAACAGUUGUAAGUUUUGUAAACAUAAUUUGUUGAUGUUCAUGGCAGACAGUUGAACUGUUUGUCCUGGCAGUGGUCAAAAGUACAGAUUCAAUUCGGAACAAAAUAUCGUCUAUCAUGCUCUGAUAAGAGGACAUGUUCGUAAUUUUUUUUUCUUCGUAUCAGUAUAUCGUCUUUUGUUGGCCGAUACAGAUGUGUUAUUCAUGGCUUUGAAAUUACUUUAGUUUAGUUAAAUCAAUUAUUUAUUGCGCGUUGAAUUAAGUGAUAGUAAUUAGUAAAAUGACAGCAUAUAACAAGGGAAGGUAUUUUGGUAUUGGAGUUGAAAAUUGGUUUCUUCUUAUUAGCAUCUUUAGUGGUAUAAAUGUUGCAUUAGGAAACUGGAAAAAUCAAAGCUUUACCAAUUUUGUAACACCGUUCGAAUUCAUAGAACUAUUUUGUGAAUUUUUAAGAAAUUACACUGUUUUAAUAGUUAUUCUAUUUUCAAUUUCGUUUAUUCAAACAACCUUCUGCAUAUUUAUUGAAAAAGCCAUAUACAGGGAUUAUAUUUCAGAAGGUACUGGCCAAGUUUUGUAUCUCGUUAAUGGCUUUAGUUUGCCAAAUUGUUUUAUAGCAGUUUGUUUUAUGUCUAACAAAAUCGGUCCAGUUCCAAGCUUUUUUGCAAUAGGGAUUCUUUUACAUUUGUUUUGUCUUAAAGUUUUAUCUUACAUGUAUGUCAAUUAUAAACAGAGGAAAACGUGGCUAAGUGAACAAAGCAAUAAUUCCACUAAUAGUGAUAAAGAAAAUGCUAAUGAUGUAGUCAUUAAGGAUGAGAAAGACAAAGAAAUUCGUUAUCUUCAGAGUCUCAGUUUGAAAAAUUUGUACCUGUUUAUGUAUGUCAGUCCUUCAUUGGUGUAUAAGCCAAACAGUGAUAUUCGUUGGAAGUUGGACAUUUCCUAUUUUAUUUCUGCUUUUAUAAAAGGACUUGUCGUCUUCUAUGUCGCUCUGAAUAUAUUGAAUGUCUUUAUAGUAGAAGAUGUUAAAAAUUCCAAGCGGUUUAUUGAUAAUGGAGAAGUGCUUCAAGUUCUUAAAACAGUUUUUAAGAUAUUGGUUCCUGUUCACCUGGUGUGGUUGUUGAUUAUUUAUUAUUUCAAUUUUUGUGUAUUUUUUGAAUCCUGGAGCAAAGGAGUUGGGUAUCCUUUGAAUCAGGAUUACGAUUGGUGGAAUAGCGAAACUGCGGCCAUUUUUUGGUGCAAGUGGAACGUUAUUGUUCACGAAUGGCUGAAAGAGACUGUUUAUAAACCACUUCUUAUAGCCGGUGUUAGUAAAACCACGUCCAGUACAAUGGUAUUCGCAUUAAGUGGUUUAUUCCAUUCUUAUUGCUUUGAAUUUCCUUUUCGACUCUUCAACGGUUUCGGAUUUGUAGCCAUGGUUAGUCAGAUUCCUCUUCAGGAAUUCACUAAUUAUGUGUCAAGAAAACACGGAAUCAAACUGAGCAAUGCUUUAAUAUGGCUACAAAUAAUGGUUGGUCAUCCAAUUACUAUAAUUCUUAUGUACUAUCAUUAUGCUUCUUCGCAAAUAAAGUAAUAAUAAUAAGAAGAAACA